GCAAACGAGCCCCUUUGGCAGUGGAAAUGAGCCCUCGGGUGGAAACUGCCUUUAGUCAGUGUCUACUUUGCCUUGCAAAGCCCGGCCAACCCUGCUGGCAGGUGGGGAAACUGAGGCACGGGAAAGGUCAAGUGAUUUUCCCGAGGCAAAAAGGCAGUGACUGAGAUUGCAGAGCUGAGAUUGCCACCCCUGCUCCUGUGCCACACAAUCCAGGGCGCUGCGGUCCCCUUCCCGCUCAUUAGCAUCACCUCCACGGGGCCGGGGGAGAAUCCCAGUGCCGGGGAGCAGCAGCCCCUGGUGCCGGGAGAAGCCACUCCCAGGACCUGCCCCUGCGCCACGGGGAAACUAUUUAGGGUGGAGAUGUGUGGGGAGGGCUCGCAGGCGCUGGAGGUGUCCGGUCUGUUAUAGCGCAGGUGGGGCCGGCUCCGCUCACAUUCCUGCCUUUGCUUUUCCCUCUUGUUCCGUGCCGGGAGCAGAAUCCAAUGAUCCAGAGAUGAACCAGGCCAGGCCUCGCUACGUCAUCGAGCGUCCUGCCUAUUCCCUCAGCCUCUUCGACGAGGAGUUUGAGAAGAAAAGCAGAACUUACCCUGUUGGGGACAAACUGAGGAACCUCUUCAGAUGUUCAGCGUCCAGACUCAAGCUCAUCCUCUUCAGCCUCUUCCCGAUCCUCGUGUGGCUUCCCAAGUACAAAAUCAAGGAGUACAUUUUGCCUGAUGUUCUUGGGGGCGUCAGCGCGGGGACGAUCCAGGUGCCGCAAGGGAUGGCCUUUGCACUACUGGCCAAUCUGCCUCCUGUCAAUGGGCUCUACUCCUCCUUCUUCCCAUUGGUAACAUACCUCUUCCUUGGGGGUAUCCAUCAGAUGGUCCCAGGUACGUUUGCAGUCAUCAGCAUUAUUGUUGGCAACGUCUGCAAUGAGCUGGCUCCAGAGUCGGACUUCCAGUACUUCAACCACACCACUAAUGAGACCAGCGUGAACACCACAGCCCUGGAGGCGGCCAGGCUGGAGAUCUCGGCCACCCUGGCCUGCCUCACCGCCGUCAUCCAACUGUGCCUGGGAUUCGUGCAGUUCGGCUUUGUUGCCAUCUACCUCUCCGAGUCUUUCAUCAGGGGCUUCAUGACAGCAGCAGGGCUGCAGAUCCUCAUCUCCGUGCUCAAGUACGUCUUCGGCUUGACAGUCCCGUCUUACACCGGGCCCUUAGCUAUCGUCUAUACUUUCAUUGACAUUUGUAAAGGUCUGCCCCAAACCAACGUGGCCUCCCUGGCCUAUGCCUUGGUCAGUGCUGUGCUCCUGAUCAUUGUCAAGGAGCUCAACCUGAAGUACAUGAAGAAGAUCCGGAUGCCCAUCCCCAUGGAGAUCAUCAUUGUAAUAGUUGCCACUGCCAUCUCCGGCAGCUUUAACAUGCCUGAGAAGUACGGCAUGCCAGUCGUUGGGAAGAUCAGCAUGGGGUUCCCAGCACCAACGCUGCCCCUGGUGCACAAGUGGAAGGACAUGAUCGGCACGGCCUUCUCCCUCGCCAUCGUGAGCUACGUGAUCAACCUGGCCAUGGGGAGGACGCUGGCAGCCAAGCACGGCUACGACGUGGACCCCAACCAGGAAAUGCUGGCCCUGGGCUGCAGCAACUUCUUCGGAUCCUUCUUCAAAAUCCACGUCAUCUGCUGCGCUCUCUCGGUCACUCUCGCCGUCGAUGGGGCAGGAGGGAAAUCACAAGUGGCAAGCUUCUUUGUGGCCAUGGUGGUGAUGGUGACCAUGCUGGCGCUGGGCAUCUACCUCGAGCCCCUUCCAAAGUCUGUCCUGGGAGCCCUCAUCGCAGUGAACCUGAAGAACUCCCUCAAGCAGCUGGCGGAUCCCUUCUACCUGUGGAAGAAGAGCAGGCUGGACUGCCUGGUCUGGCUGGUGAGCUUCCUGUCCGCCUUCUUCCUGAGCCUUCCCUACGGAGUCGCUGUGGGCGUGGGAUUCUCGGUGCUGGUCGUGGUUUUCCAUACCCAGUUCCGAAACGGCUCUGCCCUGGGCCAGAUCACUUCCACUGACAUCUACAAGAACCCGAAAGCCUACAACAAGGUGCAUGAACUUAAUGGCAUUAAAAUCGUGACCUACUGCUCCCCACUGUAUUUUGCCAACUCGGAGAUCUUCCGGGAGAAGAUCAUAGCCAAGACAGGGGUGGAUCCUGGCAAAGUGUACUUGGCCAGGAAGAAGUACGUGAAGCGGCAGGAGAAGGGCACGGCACAACCACCACCAAACCUACCCAAACUCCUGCUGAGGCAGAACAAGACCCUGUCUUUGCAAGAGCUCCAGAAGGACUUCGAAAGCAGCUCUCCAACUGACACCAACAACAACCAGACGACCGCUAACGGGGCCAGCAUCUCCUACGUGACGUUCCAGCCCCCCGGCACCAGCGCUGCCGGCUCCAGUGAGCUGGGCAGCACUAAUGCUGUACGAGGAAGCACCUUCCUGCCUGCAGCAGAGCUUGACCCUGUGAUGACAGCACCGCCCUACCUCAGCUUCCACACCAUCAUCCUGGACAUGAGCGGAGUGUGCUUUGUCGACCUCAUGGGCACAAAGGCGCUGGGCAAGCUGUGUUCCAGCUACCAGAAGAUUGGGAUUAAAGUGUUCUUGGCAAACGUGCAGGCCCAGGUUUACAAUGACAUUAGCACAGGAGGAGUCUUUGAGGAAGGGGGCCUGGACCGAAGUCACCUCUUCCUAACAAUCCAUGAUGCUGUCCUCUUUGCACUGGCAGAUAUCAAGGAAGUUGUCCACCCGCCCAGCUUAGAAGAGAGGCCAGACCAGACAGAGCUCUCCAUCUAUGAUGAGUCUGCGGAUGAAGGCAGCACAGAGUUCAAGAACCUGGAGGAGGAGAUGUUUGGCAGCAUGUUCCACUCAGAGACCCAGACAGCUCUGUGAGCACACAGGGAGCCUCAGCACAAGGCAAACCCUCCCAAAGAGCCUCCUCUCUCCCAUCCCCUCGUGAAGAGCUGCACUUCUGCCUGGGGGAUACAACAAGUUUGCAAAGCAAGAGGCCAUCACCCCUCUUGAACUGGUACAUUCCUCCCUCCAUCCUGCUCUACUUCUGGUCUUGAGGGCAGCCUACAGAAACAGUGUGGAACCAGGAACUCAGGAAACGCCACCCCAUGAACUACAGAAGUGCAGUGAGUUCGUUCCAAGGCAGGUGCCUUAACACAGAGGACAAUUACUCGCUAUUGCCAAGGGACCCAGCAGUCAAACUGAGAUCUGAGUGUAUUUUAUGCCUGCAACUGGGGGGCAGCCCGAGUGAGGCCAGGACCAUCCCAGGCAAAGGAGCUUGCCUCCCUAACGCAGAGCCAGGCAGCUGGGAGCUUCAUCAUCCCCAAGUCUGACGUUCUCUUCUAUUGGAGUGAUGCUAAUAACAACUGCUAUUCUAGUUUCCUUUCCUGAUGCCUUCCCUUCUUACCCAGUGCUGAUGUGGAGACAGUAAUGACAAGAUGACAAUAUGAAGCCUGGAAAAUCAAAGCAUAAGCCAAGGCUUAAAGCACCCCUUUCUUCAGUGCAUUUCAACCGCCAGUAUGGCUUUUAUGGCAAUAAGAUUAGAAAAGAUUUAAGAUAAAGACACAUUGGAAUGAAAACCAUUUCCCUUGUUUGAACUGCGAAUCUUCCUACAGAGUAUUGCCAGCACUGGGGUAAAAUGCAAGAGUCAACAAGAGAAAGUGAACAGUAAUGGAAGCAAAAGUGGACAGUUUGUGAUCUUCACAUGAAUGCAAAAAAUAAUGGCCUUAAUAAUGAAAGUAAAUUAUAAUUUAAGAAGCUAUUUUAUUUCUCUAUUAAAAAUACCAGCAAGCUUUAA